AUGGGGAUCUGCUGGACGCGGUGCUGCAGCCUCCUCCGUAGGAAUAGCAGCCGGCUACAGAGAGCGGGAGGAGGAUCUAAAUACUUCAGAAACUGUUCAAGAGGAGAGCAUUUUACUAUUGAGUUUGAAAAUCUUGUAGAAAGUGAUGAGGGGGAAAGUCCAGGAAGUAGUCAGAGACCUUUAAGUGAGGAAGAAAUAUGUGAUUUAAAGGAAAGACACUACGACUCUAUUGUUGAUCGACAGAAAUCUGAUGAUGUCAGGUUACAGCAUGAGUUAGCGUUACAAGAGAAGAAGUUAAAACUAGAAGAGGAGGCUUUAUACACUGCACAGCGUGAAGCUGCCAGGGCAGCCAAGCAGAAAAAAGAUAUUGGAGCAACAUCGACAGCAGUGGAUAAAACAGAGAGCUCAGGCCAUAAAGAAUGGUGACAGCUCUGUACCAGAAGAUUUUGAAUCAUAUUUGCAUAGUGUGAGAUCUCAAUAUGAAGCUGUCAGAAAUAGCAGGUUAUCAUCUGAUGCUAAUCUCCUCACGCCUAAUACGGAGAGUAGUUGUGAUUUAACAACUAGAACAAAGUCAACCAGUGGGAAUGAUGACAGCACUUCACUGGAUCUUGAGUGGGAAGAUGAAGAAGGAAUGAACAGACUAGUUCCAAUGCGAGAACGCUCAAAGACUGAAGAGGAUAUCCUCCGAGCAGCCUUAAAAUGCGGUGGCAAAAAGCCUGAAAGCCACAGAGCCUCUGCCUCGGAUGACUCAAAUGGCCUUGAAUGGGAGAACGAUUUUGUGAGUGCUGAGAUGGAUGAUAAUGGGAACUCGGAGUAUGCUGGGUUUGUAAACCCUGUCACUGAACUGUCUGCAGAGCCACAGGACAGAUAG